AUGGAAACAGUGGCAAUUAACUAUAGUUUUACUCGCAACCAUAAGUUUCCCAAAUCAAAAUCUGGUGAUCAUGAACAAAGUUUCCAACAUUCUUGGUUUGACAAAUAUCUUUACUGGUUGGAAUAUAGUGUUGAGAAUGAUGCUACAUAUUGUUUAUGUUAUUAUCUUUUCAAACCAGAUAAAGGUGAGCAAAGUGGCGGUGAUUCUUUUGUUCUUGAUGGGUUUCGCAAUUGGAAGAGACUUGAAAAUUUUAAAUAUCAUAUUGGAGGUCCUAACAGUUAUCAUAACCAGGCAGUGAAAAAUUGUCAAGCUUUGAUGGAUCAAAAGCAGCAUGUAAGUACAAUUAUUAAUAAGAAAUCUGACCAACAGCGAGAAGAUUAUCGUAUUCAGUUGAAAGGAUCAAUUUCUACUAGUCGGUUUCUUCUUCGGCAAGGAUUGCCUUUUCGUGACCAUGAUGAGUCUGUUUAUUUAAUGAAUCGAGGAAACUUUCUUGAACUUUUACACUAUACAGCUAAGCAAAAUGAAGAAUAUAGAUUAGUAGAAUUAGAGAAUGCUCCUGGACAUGAUAAAUUGAUUGCUCCUAGUAUCCAAAAAGAUAUAAUCAAUGCAUUUGCAAUUGAAACCAUCAGCAAACUAAUUAGUGAUCUUGGAGAUGGUUUUUUUUCUAUACUAGUUGAUGAAGCUUGUGAUGGAUCCAACAAAGAGCAGAUGACAAUUAUCUUACGUUAUGUAAAUAAAAGAGGAUGUGUUGUUGAGUGUCUAUUGAGCAUUAUGCAUGUCACGGAUACGAUUGCUUUGUCACUAAAGAUGGGAAUCGAAACAUUGUUCUCUAAAUAUAAUUUGAGCAUAUCAAGAUUACGUGGACAAGGCUAUGAUGGUGUGAGUAAUAUGCGAGUUGUGGUAAAAAAGGAUACAAAUAUUGAGAGACUUUUUUUGAAAGUUUCUUAUGUGAUAAAUAUUGUUGGAUGGUCACCUAGACAUAAGGAUCUUCUUAAUGAGAAACAAGCUUUGAAGGUGAAAAAAGCUAUUGAAAGUGGUGAGCUUUCAACAGGGCAAGGUCUUAAUCAAGAUACUAGUCUUAAGCGGCCAAGGGAAACAUGGUGGGGUUCACAUUAUGGGACUGUAUUGAGCUUGAUUAAUUUGUUUUCAUUUGUUAUUGAAGUACUUGAGGAUCUUACUAAAAAUUCUGAUAAUAGAGUUGAAGCAAGUGAUUUGGUGGAUUAUAUGACUUCUUUUGAUUUUGCUUUUAACCUGCACAUGAUGAAAAACAUUUUGGGAAUCACAUUUGAACUUUCACAAUCAUUGAAAAGGAAGGAUCAAGAUAUUAUAAAUGCUAUGUCUUUGGUUCACUUGUCGAAAAGAAGAUUAUUGUUGAUAAGAAAUAAUGGAUGGGAUAAUCUACUUGAUGAAGUUUCUCAUUUUUGCAUUGCUCAUAAUGUAGAUGUGCCAAAUAUGAAAGAGAAAUUUGUUGCACGAGGGAGAUCACGGCGUAAUGUUCAAGAAUGA